AUGUCGUCAUUCGAAUUCCCUUCUAUUUACAACUUUCCCCCUUUUUUCACUAAGCAGCCCAAUAAUUCUGUUUGGAAGAGUCAACUUCAACAAUGGACCACUUUAGUUCUGGACUAUUGCAAACAUUAUAGGAUAUGGAGAUUAUCCACUGCAGGCACACCGAUAGUGGAGGAUGCAACCGGGGUACCAUCCGAUUCUCUGUUCACAAACUCCAUAAUCGAUCGUCAUUUGAAACCUGAAGUUUGUCAAGAAAUCAUUGCUUCGUUGGUUGAUCAGGGCAGAGCUCAAUGGAUUGAUAAGACUGCUCAGAAAUCUGUAUUGGUGCUUUGGUAUUCUAUCUCCGAAUGGAGUGAUCUUUUACUGAACUGGGUUGAUUCCACGGGUCAAAAAGGCGUAGUUUUAACAUUGUACGAGAUUCAACACGGCAACUUGACUCUAUCUGAGGAGUUCCAUUCAAUUGACGAGACAACGCUCACCCAAGCGCUGGAGCUCUUGGAGAAAAAAGGAAAAGUUCUAAUGAUGAAGGAAAACAAGAAUGUGGUUGGUGUUAAGUUCAUAUAG